UGGUUGCAAAGGGCAGUGAUAAAAGCCAGGGUUAAAAGUCUUUGGCGAAUUGAGAGCAUCGCACAAGUGGAAAGAUUGACUGAGCAUGGCACGUUUCUUUUUGCUGGGCGUUUUACUCGCCGCCGCCGCCCUGGCCAACGAAUCUUCAAACAUGAAACAAGAUUCAGAGUUUCAACAGGAAAUGUUGAAGAAUUUGAACAAAACGAAUGAAAAUCUGGACCGUUUUAUGAGAAUCGUCUACGAACAGGUUGUGGUGACGCGGAAGGCGGCGGAGGAGCAAAACGAGGCGCUGAUCAAAUUUUCCGUCGCGACCAACGAUCGACUGGACCAUAUGGCAAAAACGAUGAUGGACGCGGAGAAAAAUUUGAACAAAACAACUAACGACAGGUUCAAUCAGUUGCAAAAACAAAACGAGCAGACUUUGGAUUAUUUGAAACAGGUGGAAAAACGCCAGAAUCAAAAGUUUGACACUUUGGCAAACCUCACUGAGCAUCACAUUCAGUUCUUUCAAAUCAGAUUCCCGCCGCACUGCAACCUCGCUCGUUCGACAAACUUGACGUUGCUGUCCAACGGCAAGAUGUACUUUUUUUCUAACCCAGCUGAGGCAAACUGGACUUCAGCAAAUGAGACAUGCACCAAAAUGGGCCUCCAUUUGACCACAAUCAGAGACCAAAAUGAGGAAAAGGUAGUCGCGGCAGAAGGAUACAGACUUCAUGCUGCUUAUGAAUUGUGGGUUUCGGCGACAAACCAAGGAAGUGGAAGUGGAAAGGAGUUUCAUUGGAGCGACGGAACCAAGUUGGAGUUGGACAGUCCGUUGUGGAAUGUCAAUGCCGACAAGACAUGGGAUUGUGUUCUCAUCUAUCAUGGAUGGAACAUGGGAAAAUUGGCUACCUUGCCGUGUGACUUUACUCGGCCUUUCAUUUGCGAACUACCAAGCGAAUGUUACUGAAAAUCAAUUUAAAUUGCUUGAUGAAGAUUUACUUUCCAUUAAAAUCCUCUAAGAUAUUUCUUGCAAUUUUCUAGACGACUUAAAAAAAUGUAAAUUUGAUAUUUUUGUAAAAUGAUAAAUUUUAAUUAAUAAAAAGAGGUGGAAAAAGAGUUGAGAACGUCCGCUCUUUUUGAACCAUGAUGCCUUUUGACUGUCGACUUAAAAGUUAAAAGUCGUCACAUUUAUGGGGGAAAACCAAUUAAGGCACACGCAGCUUAUGUAGAAUUAUUGGGACACUUUUUCAUUUGCUUUCCAAAAACAUAAAUUUGUAUUUUUAAUAUUUUUUCUACUUCAUUCCUUUGCUUAUUCACAGAACUCACGCAAAAUUUACAACUAAUAAUAUAUUAAAAAAUUUUGAAGCAACAAAUUGAAAUAAAUACCAUGCAUGCAGAAUGAAGUGAAGCGACUUGAGGAAAAUUGGUCAAUGCCGUAUAAGUUGAUAAUUCGAUAAAUAAAUAUUCAUUCUAAAUCUUGUUUUCUCUUAUGGUCAGAUUUUUUAUGAUGGGCGGUGGCAAAGGGCAGUGAUAAAAGCCAGGGUUAUAAGGCUUUGGCGAAUUGAGAGCAACACAGUGGAAAGACUGGCCAUGGCACGUUUCUUUUUGCUGAUCGUUUUGCUCGUCGCCGCCGCCCUGGCCAACGAACCUGCAAACCAGAUCAUUCAAAACAGAUUACCAGAGCACUGCAACCUCGCUCGUUCGUCAAAGUCAAAUUUGACCACUCUGUCGAACGGCAAGAGGUACAGUUUUUACCCAACAGAG